GUUUUAGUUCAACUCGGAUACUUUGGUGAUGGUGAAAUUUUAGAAAGAUGAAGAAAGUCUUCUUUCUACUUUUUUGUACUCUUAUGGUUCCAUUUGUGAUAGGCAGACCUGGAAGCAACAAAUAUAAAAGACAAACAGAUGUAAGUGAACAAUAUGAUGGAAUUUUACCAGUCGGACCAUUUAUGAAUCCUCCUCCAGGAGUUUUUGGAAUGUUGCAUCAUCCUGUCGAAUGUGUGGAACCCAACGAGAUCUAUCAACAUUGCGAAGGGCACUGCGACCAAAUGUGCGACGGAAGUAACAAAUAUGGCAUAUCUUGCAAUUCCGAUUCAUGCAUUUCCGGAUGCAACUGCAAACCAGGAUACGCCAGAAACGCUGAAAACGUUUGCGUUCAAAUUACAAAGUGCUAGAAGAAAAA